CGGCAGCCUCAACAUGGCUGCAAUUUUCAUAUCAGCUGUAGUAUACAAAUUGCCGAGAGUUUAAUGGUUUCUGAGAUUGUGAUUUUCUGCCAACACGCCCAUGACGUUGGGCACUGAGUUCUAGUCAAGCCGAGAAAUGCUUAUUGAGGUAAAGAUACUAAUUGCGGCACUAAAAGCUUUUAAACGUAAUAUCAAAGCUUGUGAAUCGUGUUGAACCGAAACGUUCAAAAUGUCAGAUAUGUUCGCGCUGCUGUAGCUGUCAGCAGUUCACAUGACUUCAAAGGAAAAAAAUUCUCUGGAUUAGUAAACUACGAAGAUGGAUGUAGUCACGACAAGCCUUGAGGCUCUUAUACAGAGGGUCACCAAUCCACAGAACCAGAAACCAGAUAUUGCUGCUAUCGAAGCAUUCUGUUUUAUGGUUACUAAAGAAUCUGAAGGUGUUCAUAUCGGUAGUAAACUUCUUGCUACUCAUAUACAGUCUCCGACAGAAUGGGAGGCCUUGCAGGCACUCACGCUGUUGGACACAUGCAUGACACGCUGUGGACCUGCAUUUCAUGCAGAAGUUGGAAAGUUUAGAUUUCUUAAUGAAAUGAUUAAACUUGUCUCACCAAAGUAUCUUGGAAGUAGAACACCCUCAGCCGUUAGACAGAAGGUUCUUCAACUGUUAUAUUCAUGGACUAGAGAAUACCCACGGGAAACAAAGAUUAGAGAGGCAUAUGAUAUGCUUAAAAAGCAAGGUGUUGUAAAGGAGGAAGUGGCUCCAAUACCUAGUGUCGAGGAUCCUGUCAAAACAGUUAAAGUAAAGAACCCAAUAUUUGAGGAUGAGGAGAAAUCAAAACUCCUACAGAAACUUCUUCAGAGCAAAAAUCCGGAUGAUUUGCAGGCUGCGAAUCGACUUAUUAAAACGAUGGUGAAGGAGGAUGAAAAAAGGGUCCAGCAGAAUUCACGGCGGAUAAUGGAAUUAGAAUCUGUUCAUAAUAACGUUAGACUCCUUUGUGAGAUGUUGGAUUCAUACAAUCCUGGGCAAGCCAGCGUAGAUGAUUUGGAAUUAAUGAAAGAAUUAUAUCAAGCUUGCGAAAGACUCAGACCCAACGUAUUAAGAUUGGCCAAUGAGACUCAAGAUAACGAAGAAAUGCUCAAUGAGGUUCUUGCAGCAAGUGAUGAACUUGGACAGGUCUUUGAUAAAUAUGCAAGUGUGAUAGUUCUUGGUCGACCUUUCGAGUCCAAACAAAAUUUAAACAAUGGACCGUCAUUACUUGAUCUGUCCUCUCCCAUUGAAAUCGAAUCCACGGACACCGGACCUUCAAUUCCAAAUAAAAAAUCAGAACCAGUACCAAAUCCUCAAUCGGAUUUGGAGGUGCUCGGAGACAUUUUUAAUUCAAUUGGCAAUUCUUCGGCAAAGGAUUCCAGUCUUCUUCUUCCAGAAACCGAUAUUAUGCAACCAAUAAGUGUUGCAUCUACUGCGAAAAAAGAAGGUACCGAGGAAACUUCAAAAAUUGACAGUAAAGCAAAAGCUUUAGAAGAUUUAAACGAACUCGGAGAAUCUCUUUUGAAGCAAAGUUUGUCAUCGACAACGAUACGAGGUCACUUUAACAAUAGCAGUAAAACUGCAGUUAGGGUACCGAUGAACAGUAUGAAACCCUUGGUGAUACCUGAGCCUGUUACUCAGGCCGAUUCGCUUUUUAGUAAUUCAAAAUCAUCAGUAUGUUUACCUCAACCGGCAAAACCUGUUGACAUCGAUAGUAUUAGUACCGAUUUAUUGAAUGGAGAUGAUUCUCUCGUGGAUAUAUCUGUCCAAUCGACCAUUGAUGAAGGAAGUGUCCAAGUUUCUAAAGUAAAAGUAGAAGAGGGUACUGUUGAAAAAAAACCAGUUGUUGUGGAACCAGAAAUCAAGCCUUUGACUGACAUAAAUGUUACACUGGAAAACAUUAAACCAGGUACAAUACCGCCCUUAACAGUUAUCGAGGAGAAGAAUGGAAUAUCAGUAGUUUUACAUUUUGCAAAAGAUGGCCCACGACCAGAUGUCUCUGUGAUCGUUGUCACGACCAUGAGUAAAAAUUCCAAGGCCCUCACUAAUUAUUUAUUCCAGGCAGUAGUGCCUAAGAAAUGUAAGUGCAGACUUCAACCACCUUCCGGAACGGAACUUCCAGCUCACAACCCGUUUUUACCGCCAUCUGCGAUUACACAAAUAAUGCUGAUAGCAAAUCCACUGAAGGAACCAGUGUCUCUGAAGUUCAUGCUCAGUUACACAAUGGACGACGAGACUGUUACUGAAAUGGGAGAAGUUGAUAAGCUGCCGUCUGCGUAAAUCUACGCCAAUUCAAUUGUUACUUAUUCAUUUCCGGUGUCGCUUGCUUAUCAGGCCGAGAUUCCAGAACGUGAUAACUGUUUUUAAGCGCGUAAGAUCACUUUUAAGACUGGUUAUUCAAUGCAAGCGUCACACUCUUAGUGGCACCAAUGAUUACUUAACAAACAUCGUGAAAGGAGAUUCAGUUUAUUCUGUUUUAACUUAUUUUUAUUCUUUUCAUUUGCGACUUCUUACUAUGGACACGCUCUUUGGAUUUAGUAUUAAACAUGAAGAGAUGCACGACGACAGAAACAAGAGCGUGUAUAAACCAAUUAUUUCAUUAGAUCGUGCAAUCUAUGAAUUAGUCUUGUAUAGCUAGGCUUAGGAUGAUACGAGUAAUCCAUACGUUUGUCCCCGACCAGCUGUGCGACGGGCGUUUAAAUCGUUUAUUAUUAAAACGAAAAAUAAGAAAAGAAUAUAAAAGAAUGAAGCUAAUGGUAUUUAAAAGAAAAUUAAGCCUUUCCUAUAUUCCUAAGGAGAUUGUUUCGAACGGAAAAUGAUGAUUACUUUAAUUUUUUGCUGUUUAUAACUAUCGUAUUUUAGCGGGAAGGAAGAACUUCAUCUCUAAAGGCUAGAGCUGUUAUGGCCUUUUGGUGUCCUUGAUACUCCCGUUCCACUGCUCCUGUAGAGACAUUCCAUAAUCUCGCCACACCAUCCGAGGAAGCUUUAUUAAAAGAAAUCGUUGAUUAUUUAUAUGGUGAAUGCUGGCCGUAAAUUCAACGUUAAAGUAUUAUCAAGUAACAUGCGUGGAAUAUAUAGCUUUACAAAUUUACUAUAUGGCUGUAAUAAAUACAGUACUUGUCGUAAGCACAAAAGCGUGUAGUAUAUAUCUAAUAAAGAUCUAGUCUUUGACCGAUCA